CAGUCCAGGUAGCAUCUACUCCGCAGCAAAUUUGUAAGACGACACGAACGACCGUGGAAUUCCGAGCUUUUUUUCCCCCUCGUCCUAGCUGUCAGAUCCCUCAGCUUGUGGUCUCCCCAACCAGAAGGUUGUAGCAUUGGAGGCGUUCCCUCUUUCUCUUCUGGAGCACGUCCACUCGCCAGCGAGCGUGCAACAACUCCAAAACCCCGCUGAACUAAACCGUUGCUCAUUUUACAACUAACCCACGGAACACCUCACUUCGGCAACGUAAGUUCCUGCAAGUUUUUUCUCCGCUUGGUUCUUGUGGUCGGGGUCGAAGGGCAAAAUGAAUACUAAUGAGGAUGUGGCCGCCGCCAAGGCUGCUGGCGACGAGUAUGAACAGAAGCGCGAUCACGACGCCGAGGAAGACGAAGAGAUGGCCGAGAAGGAGAAAGAUCUCGCUGACGACGCUCCCUGGAAGAGAAUCCAGAAGAAUACCUUCACCAGGUGGUGUAACGAGCACCUAAAAUGCGCCAACAAACACAUCGCAGAUUUAGACUUCGAUUUUAGCGAUGGGAUUCGGUUAAUCGCGCUGUUGCAGGUGCUGUCCCAGAAAAAGGUGCCCAAGCACAACCCGAAGCCGACGUUUCGGUCGCAAAAGCUGGAGAAUGUCUCCGUGGCGAUGAAAUUUAUGGAAGAUCAGAACAUCAAGAUUGUUAACAUAGACAGUACAGAUGUAGUUGAUGGCAAACGCAAACUGAUCCUGGGUCUGAUAUGGCUCCUCAUCCUGCACUAUUCCAUCUCCAUGCCCAUGUGGGAGGAUGAAGGGGAGUUUGACGAGGAUGCCCCCAGGCAGAGACCCCCAACGGCCAAGGAGAAGCUGCUGGGCUGGAUCCAGAACAAGGUCCCCGAACUUCCUAUUAAGAACUUCACUAAGGACUGGAAUGAUGGCCGGGCCAUUGGCGCCCUUGUUGAUGCCUGUGCACCAGGCCUUUGCCCAGACUGGGAAGACUGGGAUCCCAAGGAUAACCUGAAGAAUGCGAAGGAGGCCAUGCAGUUGGCCAAGGACUGGCUGGACGUACCCCAGCUGUUGGAACCCAAGGAUAUGUGCAACCCUAAAGUGGACGACCUGAGUGUCAUGACCUAUCUGGCUGAGUUCCCCAAAUGCAAGCUGAAGCCAGGUGCACCCCUGCGGCCACGCUCCAAUGCCAAGAAGGUGCGUGCCUAUGGCCCAGGACUGGAAAAGGGCAAUGUCAUCUCUGUCCCUACCAACUUCACCGUGGAGACGUUCUCGGCUGGGAGCGGCAAGGUGGAGGUGAUCAUCAAGGACCCCAAAGGCAAGCUGGUCACAAACGAGUGCAAGUACAACAGUGACAAGAACAAGACGUACACUGUGACCUACACAGCUAAACUCCCCGGCACCCACACGAUCGAGGUCACUUUCAAGGGACAACAGAUCCAGAAGAGCCCCUUCACCGUUGAGAUUGGCGACAUGAAGGGUGAUGCAUCCAAGUGUUCAGCCAAGGGUCCUGGCUUGGAGCCGACUGGGCUAAUCGUCAACCAGCCUACCAACUUUGAGAUCUUCACUGCAGGCGCUGGUGCAGGUGCUCCCACAGUAACAGUGAUUGACCCUAAUGGUGACACCACGACCUCAAGCGUCAAGGUCACCGAAAAGAGCAUAAAUGUGUUCUACUGCGAGUACCUCCCAACUGUUGUCGGAAGCUACACCAUCGAGAUCAAGUUUGCUGGCCAGCAUAUCCCCAAGAGCCCCUACAAAGUCAAGAUUUCUUUCCCUUUCAACCCCCAGAGGGCAUUUGCCUACGGGCGUGGCAUCCAGAGCAAGGGCCUGCGAGUGCGGGAGGAGUGUGUCUUCUACAUCAACACCAAGGAAGCGGGCGAAGCUCAGCUGAAAGUUCAGAUAAUUGGUCCUGGCGGGAUCGACGAGCCAUGUCAGGUCAAAGACAAUGGAGAUGGCACCUUCACCUGCUCUUACCGCCCCUUCAAGCCUGGCCGCUACAUCAUCAAUGCCAUGUACGGCAAGAAGGAGAUCAACAAGGCUCCCUUCACGGUCAACAUCGCCCCCGAGGCCACUGGACCGCUGGCCCUGGUCCGCGCCUUCGGGCCAGGGCUGGAGGGUGGCGUGGUAGGCAAGCCAUGCAAAUUCACCGUGGAGACCAAUGGUGCUGUUGGUGCCCUAGGCUUCUCCAUUGAGGGCCCAUCAGAAGCCAAGAUCGACUGCAAAGACAAUGGUGACGGCUCCUGUGAGGUGUCGUACUUCCCUACUGUGGAGGGCGAGUAUGCCAUCCACAUCACAUGCGACGAAGAGGACAUUGUGCAUAGCCCUUACAUUGCCCAGAUUAUCCCCGACAAGGGUGGAUUUGAUGCUUCAAAGGUGAAAGCCUACGGACCCGGCUUGGCCAAGGAUGGUCUGGAACUGAACAAGCGCACUGAAUUCACUGUGGAUGCAAAGGCGCCAGGCUGUGGCAAGGCCCCAGUGGGUGUACUCAUCCAUGACCAACAGGGCAACCCAGUCAAGCCCGACAUCAAGGAUAACAAGAAUGGGACGUACACAGUGUCUUACACCCCCACAAGACCCCUGAAGCACAACGUUGCCGUCACCUGGGGAGAAGUCAGCAUACCCGAAAGUCCAUUUAAGAUCAACAUUGGUGGUGGACUGAGCAAGGUCAAAGUUUACGGUCCUGGUGUUGAGCCCAACAAAGUCAAGUCCAAACAGCCAACCCAGUUCACUGUGGACUGCCAAGAGGCUGGCAAAGCCCCAGUUGCUGUCAAUGUCAAGUCAGUUCCUGGAGUCAAUGGUCCAAGAGAGAAGGAGAUUCCCUGCAAAGUCCAGGACAAUGGUAACAACACUUUCACUGUCAACUAUGCACCAGAGGCACCGGGAGACUACAACGUUGGGGUAAAGUUUGGUGGCAAGGAAGUCCCCCAGAGUCCCAUCCCUGUCCGGGUCAUCCCCAAUGUGGAUGUCAGCAAGAUCAAGGUCAAGGACCUGGAGCCAACUGUUGUACUCGGGAAACCCUUCACUGUUGAGGUGGAUAUCAGUGAAGCAGGAAUUCCUGAGCUCGCCGUUGAUCUGAAGAAACCUUCUGGGGAGGAGGUUGAGGCUGAGGUCACACCGGUCAAUGAGACAUGCACCCAGGUGACCUUUGUCCCCGAGGAAGAAGGGCCACAUGAGCUGAAGAUGACCUGUGGUGGGUUUGAUGUUAACCAGGAGGCAGUCGUCAUCAUCAACGUGGUGGUCAAAACAGAUCCAUCUCAGUGCUCUGCUUCGGGCCCAGGCUUGACUCGCGGUCAUGUUAAUAAGCCUUCUGAGUUCAUGAUUGAUGUGUCUGAUGCUGGUCAUGGUGGUCUGAGUGUCACAGUAGAGGGUCCCAGCGAGACAGAGAUAGAGUGCAGCGAUAACGGUGACGGCACUUGCGCUGUCUUCUAUGUCCCAUCCAGAAUCGGCAGCUACAAUGUCAACGUUCUGUUUGCUGACCAGCACAUCCCUGGCUCUCCAUUCAAUGCGCUGGUCAUUGAUUCCACUGAGGUGGACUCCUGGGGUCCGGGCUUGGUCAAGGGCUACGCUGAUCUGCCCUGCACAUUCUCCGUGGACUGCAGCACGGCUGGCAAGGCCCCGGAGGAAGAGGGCAAGCUACCCGUAGAGUGUUCAGUUGUUGGUCCGGAUGGUGAGGACUUGGACACCAAGGUGGAGCGCGAUCCAUUGAAUGAGGACCUGUACCACUUGACAUACUACCCCCUCCAGGAGGGCUCCCACACCUUGCACGUCACCUACGGCCGCUACUCCAUCCCUAAUUUCUCUCGUCGGGCUGAUAUCAGAAAGCCCAUCGACCUGAGUGGGGUCACCCUCAAGGGAACAGGAUUGGAUGAUGACAAGGUCGUAUUCUGCGACUGUCCUGCUGAGUUUCAGGUUGACGCCAAACCAGUCAAUCAGCCCCUCGAUAAGGACCUCUUGAAACCAGAUAUCACUGCCCCUUCUGGCCAGAAGGUGAAACCCGUCAUCAAGGACAACAAGGAUAACACCUACGAUGUUAGCUAUACUCCAACAGAAAAGGGUGAGCACACUGUCGACGUAAGCUUUGCCGGCCAGCCGCUGGGCAAGUCCCCUUACACUGUGGGUGCCCUGCCCGGCCACGAUGCCUCGCGCUGCAAGGCCUAUGGCCCCGGCCUGGAAAGAGCCGUCACCAACAAGCCAGCCGUCUUCACUGUGGAGACUAAAGGGGCUGGCAAAGGGGGGCUGGGCCUGGCCAUUGAAGGGCCCUCGGAGGCAGCCAUGGAGUGCACUGACAAUAAAGAUGGCAGCUGCACUGUGCAGUAUUUGCCCACUGUGCCAGGCGACUAUGAGGUUCACAUCACCUUCGCUGAUGAUCCCAUCCCAGGCAGUCCAUUCAGACCUGUGGUCACCGAUCACAUUGACGCCAGCAAGGUCACCGCAUCUGGCCCCGGACUGGACCGCAACGGAGUCCGCGCCAACGUGCCAACAGGCUUCAAGGUGGACGCUACCAAGGCUGGCGGCAAGGCUCCCCUUGAUGUCACCAUCAUGCCUGAGAGAGCUCCAAUUGAGAAGGCCAAGGUAGUUGACAACAAAGAUGGCACCUAUGAUGUCAGCUAUGUGCCCAAAUCUGAAGGCAAAAUGCAGGUGGACGUCACGUAUGGAGGAAGGCAGAUCCCACAGAGUCCCAUCCACUCCAAAGUUCUGCCUCAGUACGAUGCCAGCAAAGUCAAGGUGAAGGGGCCAGGUGUAGAGAAGGGUGUACUGGCCAGCUUGCCAGUGGAAUUCACCGUGGACACCAGGGAUGCCGGAGAUGCUGACCUGGAAAUCACCAUCACUGAUAGCUCAGGCAAGCCCAUCACACCAGAGGUCACUGACAACAAUGAUGGCACCUUCAAGAUCAUUUACACCCCCAAAGAUGUGGACAGCUACACCAUCAAGGUCAAAUAUGGUGGGGAACCAGUGCCAAAGUCACCCUGGACCGUGUCCACCAAGCCCACAGGAGAUGCCAGCAAGUGCGAUAUCAUUGGCGUCAAAAGUGGCAAUUACGACAUCCCCGUCCGGCGGCGUAGCGUUAGCUCUGAGAGCACCACCACAACACGAACCACGACCACCCGCACUACGACAACAAGAGAAACAAUCACCAAGACUGUGGUUGUGGAAGAGGAAACGGUCAUCAAGGUCAACUCGCGCGAUGCCGGAAAGGGUCACGUGACCUGCACGAUUGUGGGCCCAGACGGGCAGGAGGUGCCCGACUGUCACGUAGUUGAUAACGGCGAUGGGACCUUUGACAUCAUCUGGACAUGCCCCGCCCCUGGCACCUACAAUGUGGACAUCAAGUUUGGAGGCGUGUCGCUGACUGGUGGACCCAUCACCAUCAGCGCUGCAGAAGGCCCACCUGAAGAUCUGAUUGACGCAGAGACCGUCAUGCCAUCUGAGUGUCGUCCCUUGGAACUGCAGCUGCCUGUGCUGGGCGCUGGCCACGGUAACAUCAACGAUGAGAAUGGUCAGCCGAAUGGUGAACCGAUCAAAGAGGUCAUUGAAAAAGAUCAGAUCAAGCCGAAAGAAACUGAACCAGCCUCGCCAAGCUCUGCGAAGGGGUUCUUCUAUAGAGUCACUGAACCCAUCCGGAGAUUGGGCGACCGGUUUGGGGACAAAGGGGAGAAGAGCAAAGCGGCCAAUGAGGACUGGGACUUUGUUCAUGAUUUGCCCAGUGGCGUCGAAAAAGUGGAUGAGAAUGGCACUCCAGUAGAGAAUGGCGAACCAAUUGUGGAGGAGGUUGUAGGAAAGGAGGAGGUCAAGCCUGUGGAAGCAGGGAUUAAUUUUGGAGCUUUUAUGGACAUGCCAGAAGGCCAGGAGCCACAGGCAGCACCAGUGGACGAGGAAAUCACUAAAGACAAAGUAGAUGAUGUAGAGUCAGGACCUCCGAGCUCCCCGGGCUCUGGGUUGAAAGAUCUUUUGAAAAAACCAUUUACCUGGUUGGGUAACCAGUUCGGGGACAAACCGGAGGAAGAGAGCAAGGUGUCUCCUCUGGGCACCCCGAAUGAUCGGAGCUUCAGUGUUGAGGUUCCUGAAGACUUUGACCGCACAGGGGAGCUGAAUGGUGAAGUGAAGAGGCCCUCGGGUAAGAAGGACAUACCGACCAUCACCGAAAACAAAGAUGGUCACAUCACCGUCAAGUACGCACCCCAGGAGACGGGCAAACACGAGCUGACUAUCAAGUAUGGAACCAGCCAUGUACCAGGAAGCCCAUUUGAGUUCCACGUUGACGAGUUGAAGAGUGGUCAGGCCACAGCCUACGGCACUGGUCUGACCCACGGAAUUUGUGGAGAGCAAGCCGUGUUUACAGUCAACACUAAGGAUGCUGGCCCAGGCGGUCUUGCUCUAGCUGUAGAAGGCCCGUCUAAGGCAGAGAUCAAGUGUGUGGACAACAAAGAUGGCACUUGCCAAGUCACUUACUUCCCACAGAAGGUCGGCCAGUACGAGGUCACAGUCAAAUUUGCCGAUAAGCAUGUCCCGGGCAGUCCGUUCAAAGCCAACAUAGUCGACAAGGCCGGCAGCAUGAUGUCCAUCGGCUCGGCCAGUGAUGUCCCUCUCAAGAUUACAGAGACUGAUUUGUCGCAGCUCAAAGCCUCCAUCACCCCACCCAGUGGUGUGGAGGAGCCUUGCGCCCUCAAACGCCUCCCCAACGGAAAUAUCGGUAUUACCUUCACCCCCAAGGAGGUCGGGGAACAUCUAGUGAAUGUCAAAAAGUACAACCGGCCAAUUGCAGGCAGCCCCUUCAAGAUCAUCGUGGGCUCCCAGGAGGUGGGGGAUGCCUCUAAGGUCAAGGUCAAGGGUCGUGGAAUCUCAGAGGCUGACGCUGGCCAGAUGGCUGAAUUUGUCGUGGAUACCAGGGAUGCAGGUUACGGUGGUCUGGGCGUGUCCAUCGAAGGUCCCAGCAAGACAGAGAUCAACUGCUCAGACCUUGGCGACGGGACCUGUGCCGUGACCUACCGCCCUGCCGAGCCGGGCAACUACAAGCUCAAUGUGCGCUUUGCUGAGCAAGAUGUGCCGGGCAGUCCCUUCAAUGUCAAGGUGUACCCCGAGGAUGGGUCAGCUCUGGAGCCGCUGAUACAGGAGACUAUGGUCAAGCCCACCAAUGCUGCCCCAGUCCAGCACGCCGGCAGCGAGUGUGAGCUGGGCCUGAAAAUUCCAGGAACGGACCCACUGGAUAUGACAGCACAGGUGUCCAACCCCCGCGGUCAGACCGAGGAUGCUGAAAUAGUGGAUUGUCCUGACUGCCGCUACAUUGUGCGUUUUGUGCCCAGCAUGGACGGUGUCCACACUGUCAGUGUCAAAAACAGAGGUAUCCAUGUACCAGGAAGUCCCUUCCAGUUCACUGUUGGUCCCUUCGGGGAGGGCGGAGCCCACAAGGUACACGCAGGAGGGCCAGGCUUGGAAGGCGGGGAGAUUGGUGUUCCAGCUGAGUUCACCGUGUGGACGCGUGAGGCGGGUCCAGGCAAGCUGGGCAUCUCAGUCAAGGGGCCAGCCAAGGCAGAGAUAAACAUCCAAGACAACAAAGACGGCUCCUACCAAGUCUCCUACGUUCCCACUGCACCAGGGGAGUACGUGAUUGACAUCAUGUACAAUGACAAGCCCAUCCCUGACAGUCCAUUCAAGCCCAUGAUCACACCAGCACUCGGUGAAGCAAGGCGUCUGAGCGUGUCUGCCCUCCACGAGAGUGGUCUGAAGCCCAACCAACCGGUUUCCUUUGCUGUGCAGCUGAAUGGUGCCAAGGGUGAUCUCAAGGCCAAGGUUGUAGCACCUUCUGGCUGUGAGAACGAAUGUACUAUCACUGAGAUUGACAACGAGAACUAUGCAGUGCGCUUCCUCCCUUCUGAGAACGGUGUCCAUCUGAUCCAUGUCUACUUCAAAGGGCAUCCCAUUCCCGGCAGUCCCUUCAAGGUGCGCGUUGGAGGCCACGACAUGAUCGGUGAUCCUGGCAUGGUCCAUGCCUAUGGUGAUGGUUUGGAGAAGGGAAAGACAGGUGAGCCCGCUGAAUUCAUCGUCAAUACCUGCGGUGCAGGGGCUGGAUCCCUCUCCAUCACCAUCGAUGCUCCCUCCAAAGUUAAGCUGGAUGUCCAGGAGAUAGGAGAGGGCUACAAGUGCAUCUACUACCCUACCCAGCCAGGGGAUCACCUCAUCUCCAUCAAGUAUGCUGGCCCGCACCACAUUGGGGGCAGCCCGUUCAAGGCCAAAAUCACUGGCAAGGCCAAGGGACCCACCAGCCUGAAGGUGGAGCAGGCCAAUGUCACCGUGGAGACGGUAGUCAAGACAUCGCAGUCAUCCUCCUUGCCAAUUUUCAGCUCCGAUGCCAGCAAGUGCACGUCAACAGGCGUGGGUCUCAAGAAGGCCUUCAUCAACAAGAAGUCCCAAUUUACCGUAAACUGCUCUGAAGCAGGUCAUAACAUGCUGCUUGUAGGUAUCGCGGGGCCCAAAACACCUUGCGAGGAAAUUGUGGUCAAGCACAUGGGCAGACAACGAUUCAGCAUCACAUAUCUCUUGAAGGAGACCGGUGACUACAAACUAGUCAUCAAGUGGGGAGACGACCACAUACCCGGUAGUCCGUUCCUCCUCCACUGUUCAUAGUUUGAGCGUGAGCCAUAGUCAUUAAAUAAAAAUAAAAACUGGUAACACCGGCUGGGGAUCCUUGUAGAAUUUCAUGCAACCGUGAGCCAUAGGUGAGCGACAUUGCUUGUGGCCUUGGUAUCCAAAGAUCACUUAGCCACCGGCCACCUUACAAUAGCUCAUUGGGUUGCAAAUGUAUCACAAAAUAUGUAGCAGGUAAACAAAGUAUCAGGAUCCAUCCUAUCAUACAGUGUAUAGAGAGCUUGUAGCUUGAGCUGGUACAUGGCAUGUUCUCAUCAGACAAACUCCUUUGGAGUAGGAACGUGACUUCUGAUCAAUCUAAAGUAGAUCCCUGAAUAAGGAACUACGUUCUACCAGGGUUUUUGAAGAAGCAAAAAACUGAUUACUGCAAGAGCAGUGUAUGAGUAAGGUCCUAGAUAAAAAAAGAGGUUUUGUGUCAAGUGUCUCAUUUAGUCUUCCAAAAUAUCAAAUUUGAGUACGAAAAGAAAAAAGUUUUACAAGUGUAGAAAUGUAUAGACUGGAAAUUAGGGAUGCUUGUCUAGUGGUAGAUUUAGAUGUUGUAAUUUGUAAGCGAAAGUGCAUAUUAAAGCAUGGUGUCUUUGGCCUUACAGUAAUAUGCCAAAAAAAAAAGAAUGAUAAUUUAAAGAUAUGCAAUUCAUUAUGAUUUCUAAGUACGGUUUGGUGAUAUUUGUCAUUAUAGCUAAUCUUUUCAGUACAUCGUAUUUACUAAUUGCAGAAAAUUGUGAUUUUGUGAUGCUAUAUGCUCCAUUGAAGAAUUUGAGUAGCCCUACAGGGGUUUAUGUUGUAGACAAAAAAUAUGAAGAUUUGUGAGAAAUUCUAUUUUAAGUUCAGUAACAAAGAGUUUGACCAACAUGCAGUGAAUGUAUUGUAAAACAAAUAUAAUUGCUUUGAAUAAAAUCUAAGAGACAACCUGAAACUUAACUUCUACAAAAAGCUAUGAAAAAGGUGGAGAUGCAAAGGCAGUUCUAGUAGUAAUUCAAGAAGAAAAUGUGUGAUUUUUUUAUAUCGUCUGCGCGAGUUUGAAGAGAGACAUGAUUUAAAAGCAAAAGAUUCAAAAUAACUCAUAGUGGAUAGAAAUGCCAUGUGUUUGAUUGUUAGACAAAUGCCAAGAGUGCCUCCACUCCAGUUGGACAGAAGGUUUUAAAGUCGUUUUCAUAUGUGGAACCAUUGAGAAAAACAUUUGUAGGAAACCUUUUUACAGAAGUUUGACUCUAUACUAUAACCCGUUUUUCUAAUAAUGAAGUUGAAAAUUCUAGAAAAAUUGUAUUGCUUAGAAAAAUACAUCGAUAUAGUAUGGGCAUGGCUGAUGUGGUGUGGGUAAAAAUAGCACUAGUCGUAAUUUUGUUACUUUAGAAUGUUACUUCAGAAGUGAUUUUGAUUUUCUUUUUUAAAAAAAAAACCCAUUUUGAUAGACAUAUUAUAGUUUUGAGUAGACGAGAUAGCCACAAGCUUGCAUUGUUGUAAAGAAAUAAAUCUGCACUAACAAAGUACUGAAAAGCAAGGUAUACGUAGGGUAUAGGAACAAAUUGAAGCAUAUUUUUGGUGAAAGUAUGUGUUUGAGUCACGCUGCCAUUCGUUGUAGAUCAUUCAAUGUAAUUAACAGUCUGCCGCCGUAGUAUAUCUUUUUUAUUCCAGAAUUUCUGUGCAAAUUUGUUAUUGAACAUUCAUUUUAGAGGACAAAAAAUAGCUCCACUUUUUUUUUUCUCUUCAACAGUCAGGUGACUGUCUAAAUAGAGGUUUACCCAGUGCUAGACGGAUAGAAGGUUUUUUCGUCGAAAAACCGAAAUUAGCAAGCCCUUAAUGAAGAUCAAACAUUUGAAACGAUACAAAAUUCUUUCAAGCUCUGAAUAGUGGACAGUAUUUACUUAAUCAUAUUAUUUGAUUUAAAAGUUAAGUGAAAUCAACUAAUCCAUUAACUUUUGGCAAGAAGGGAUCCGAAUUUGUAGCUAUAUUUUUGUGUUGCUCGUCAUUGCUAAGUAUUUUUGAUUUGCUUUAAUAGCUUUACGUAGCCCUUGUUCGUUUAUAUAUAAAAAUGAAUACUGUUAGCAAUAUUUUAUGCAUACAGAGUUUCAAAACGGUUUGGGAAAUUGCCUUUAAAAAUUGGAAACCAGAUGCAACGUAUUUGUGGCUUUCUAGUGCACUUAGCGGCAACUUAGCUGAAGCAUGGGGACAGUUCUUCCAUUCGUUUAUUCAUUCUGAUACAUUCAUAUCAGCCAUUGAACCCCAUUCUUUUAUAAAGUACCUUAUAUGUUUCCAUUUCCUUAAUUUUACUCCUUUGUUAGUUUCUCAUAUAAACUGAAAAAGAGGUAAUGUAGACCAGGCAAAGCCCGCAGAAGAAAAGGGCACGUCAAAGCGAUCAUGUUCACCGGUAACUUACUCUGUAAUCUCGCUUUUCUUUCAAAUUCAUUGAGCUCAUCUGGGACUGUAGUCCAAAUAAAUUGAAGUAAACGUGAAGCUUGGGUCUGUACCUAGUUACAUGUAUACCUCUCGUUUCGUUAUGAAGGUACAUGUUGGUUAACUAAUGCCUAUACAGCCUAAUAAACCUUCAUUUUGCACAAAAAAUGCC